AAUUUUAUUUUAUUUCCAUACACUUUCUUCUCAGCCAAACAAAUUGUUUUCGACAGAUAUAUUAGCUAAUUAAGACAAAUCUUGGGUCCCUCCUUCGUUCAUGUUUACAGGUCUUUGAUAGAAGAGUCUGAAUUUUUGUGAUAUUUUAUGACUUAAAAGGGAUCUUGCAAUUCGUCAUGUGUGGCCUACGGGGGUGUCCCUACUUCAAUACGAGAUUCCUUAUCAAUCAUUCUUGCUGUUUCUUGGGUAGGUGAUCUCUCUCUUUCUAUCUACACAUCAUCCCUCUGCUAUGGCGAGUGAUUAAUGUUGAAGAUCACCUGUUGUCUUGCUUUCUUGAAAGUUGAAACUUAAUAUGGACUUUGCAGGAAUACCUUCACUGAUUGCUUUACCAACAGAGCGAGUUAACUCUAGUGGUUUGGAAAUGUAUUUAGUUGAAAGCAAAGGAGGAGCCAUAGCAUGUAUGCUGCUUUCUUUGUUCUGCUUAGGCACAUGGCCUGCUAUUUUUACUCUCCUAGAAAGGCGAGGUCGUCUUCCUCAACAUACUUACCUUGAUUAUUCAAUCACAAAUCUCCUAGCUGCUCUAUUUUUUGCUCUAACAUUUGGUGAGAUAGGCAAGAGCACACCAGAAGCGCCCAAUUUCACCGACCAACUUUCUCAGUUGAGGGAAAACUGGCCUUCAGUCAUGUUUGCAAUGGCUGGUGGUCUGGUGCUUAGCGUUGGAAAUCUAUGCACACAGUAUGCUUUGGCUUUUGUUGGUUUAUCAGUGACUGAAGUGAUCACCGCUAGCACGACUGUUGUAAUAGAUUUGGUUACAACAGGCACAACCUUGAAUUACUUCUUAGAUGACAAGAUAAACAAGGCUGAGAUUCUAUUUCCAGGUGUUGGUUGCUUCUUGAUUGCAGUCUGCCUUGCAUCAGCUGUUCAUUCAUCCAAUGCAGCUGAUAAUAGUGCAAAGCUUGGAGAAAGAAAGGAUUUGGAGAAUGGAAACGUCCCUUCAGGAAAGGCAAAGUUUGGAACAGCAGACUUCCUUGUAGAGCUUGAGAAAAGAAGAGCUAUUAAGGUAUUGGGGAAGAGCACUUUAGUUGGACUAAUCAUAGCCGUCAUUGCUGGUGUAUGUUUCUCUGUGUUCUCACCAGCUUUUAACUUGGCAACAAAUGACCAAUGGCACACCUUGAAGAAUGGAGUUGCUAAGUUGGUUGUCUACACUGCAUUUUUCUGGUUCUCAAUCUCUUGCUUUGUACUAGCCAUCUUUCUCAAUGUUGCCUUCCUUUACUACCCUGUGCUGAAUUUACCAAGAUCAUCAUUAAGGACUUAUAUUAAGGAUUGGAAUGGCAGAGGAUGGGCCUUUUUGGCUGGUCUCCUCUGUGGGAUCGGAAACGGUCUACAAUUUAUGGGUGGUGAAGCUGCGGGAUAUGCAGCGGCAGAUGCUGUUCAGGCAUUACCACUUGUUUCAACGUUUUGGGGGAUAUUUUUAUUUGGAGAGUUCCAGAGGUCAUCAAGACGAACAUAUAUAUUAUUAGUUAGCAUGCUGUUCAUGUUUAUUAUAGCUGUGGCAGUUCUCAUGGCAUCAGCAGGUCAUCGAAAAUGAGAGCAUUCUAUCAAAGCAGUUCCAUUGCGGACCGGAUGGUGUAACGCCAAAGUCUCUUAAAAUUGCAAAUGCAUUAGGUUUUCAACUUCUUCUAUUUCUUAGGAUGUUUGGUACAUUUUUGGUCCCCAGAUUUCGUUGGUUCCAUUUAAUACUUAACAAACUUUUUUCUUCUCAAA